AUGAGAGGCUUUCGACUACCGACCUUGGCGACAGGCCUGGUGUCUGGCCUCCUGGUAUCUAUUGUCGCCGCGCAGGGGGAUACCGCCAUACAUGAGCCAGGCCGCUGCGCGAUCCGCGGUCACUGUGGGAAGAAGAGCUUUUUCGGCGGCGAGCUGCCUUGUCCAGAUAACGGGCUAGCCCGAGAGCCCGACGCGUCCGUUAGAGAGAAACUGGUUUCGCUCUGUGGAAGCGAGUGGUCGGAAGGACCCGUGUGCUGUGAAGAAGAACAGGUCGAUGCUCUGAAAAAGAACCUGAAACUUGCAGAAGGAAUUAUUGCGUCGUGUCCGGCAUGCGUUGCGAACUUCUUCGACAUAUUCUGCACGUUUACAUGCUCCCCGGAUCAAUCACUGUUCGUCAACGUCACUCAAACCGAACCCAAGGGCGACAAACUACUUGUCACUGAAGUGGAAAACCUGUGGUCCGAAGACUACCAGAGCGGAUUCUAUGACAGCUGCAAGAACGUCAAAAACGGCGCGUCUGGUGGCAAAGCUAUAGACUUCAUCGGAGGGGGAGCAAAGAAUUACACACAGUUUAUGAAAUUUUUGGGCGACAAAAAGUUACUCGGCAGCCCUUUCCAGAUCAACUACGAGACGGAGCCAAGCAAUCCUGAUCCCCACGGUAUGCAGGCGCUUUCCCUGACGACAAAAGCUUGCAAUGACUCCGAUCCUGCCUAUCGGUGUUCAUGCGUAGACUGUCCCUCCGUCUGCCCGACUUUGCCCGAGAUCAAAUCACAGCAAUAUUGCCAUGUCGGGCUCAUGCCUUGCUUGUCCUUUGCCGUUGUUAUAAUUUACUCGGUAUUUUUAUUAAUCAUCAUAUCGGUAUCAAGUUAUGUAACCUAUCGAGAACGCAGGUUUCGCAAGCCUGAGCGCGUCAGACUGUUACAAGAUCCGGUCGCCAGUGAUGACGAGGACGAUAUCGAUUACGUUCAUGGUGAUGGGUAUUUGGAAACCCCAUUGAGAGACUACAAGUUAAACGGAAUAUGUGACGCUAUAUUCAGUCGAAUCGGGGGCACUUGCGCUCGUUUUCCCGCUAUUACAAUAUCUCUGAGUAUCCUCAUUGUCGGUUUGCUCAGUUUGGGCUGGAUGCAGUUUGCCGUCGAAACCGAUCCAGUUCGCCUGUGGGUUAGCCCAACCUCGGAUGCUGCCCAGGAGAAAGAAUAUUUUGACCAAAACUUUGGGCCAUUCUACCGUGCCGAGCAGGUCUUCCUUGUGAAUGAUACGGGUCCUGUUCUGAGCUAUGAGACGCUGAGCUGGUGGUCCGAUGUUGAGAGUAGAGUUCGUCGAAUGAUUUCUCUGAACCAAGGAUUAACUCUGGAUGAUGUGUGUUUCAAACCUACCGGGGACGCUUGCGUGGUGCAAUCCCUGACCGGAUACUACGGCGGUUCCAUGGCUGGGGUCACCCCAAGAAACUGGGCCAAGACACUCACUCAUUGCACCGAGUCUCCUGGCGACGUGAGCUGCCUCCCAGACUUUAAGCAGCCUCUUCAACCUACUAUGAUCCUUGGUGGUUAUGAAGAUACCGGCAAUGUCCUUGACGCAAAUGCUAUUGUGGUUACAUGGGUGGUGAACAACUAUGCGCAAGGCUCAGAAGGCGAGCAGAAAGCCAUGGAUUGGGAAGAUAGCUUGCAGCGGAUUUUGUCCGUAGUGCAAGAAGAAGCCGCUGAACGCAACCUUCGUGUCUCAUUCAACACUGAAAAGAGUCUGGAACAGGAGUUGAACAAAUCGACCAAUACUGAUGCCAAGAUCGUGGUUAUCAGCUAUGUCAUCAUGUUCAUUUAUGCUUCCGUUGCCCUGGGGUCUGGAGCACUGACCUUUAGAUCGCUCGUGAUGAACCCUUCUAACGCGUUGGUGCAGUCGAAAUUUACACUAGGUAUUGUUGGCAUUGUGAUUGUAUUGAUGUCGGUAUCUGCUUCUGUUGGGCUGUUCUCUGCAGCUGGCAUUAAGGUCACCCUGAUUAUUGCCGAGGUGAUACCUUUCCUUGUCCUUGCCGUCGGCGUCGAUAAUAUCUUUUUGAUCGUCAAUGAGUUUGAUCGCGUGAAUGUUAGCCACCCUGAUGAAGAGAUCGAUGAGCGUGUUGCUCGUGCACUUGGCCGGAUGGGACCGAGCAUUCUUCUGUCAGCUAUCACAGAAACGGUGGCUUUCUCUUUGGGAAUUUUGGUUGGCAUGCCUGCGGUCAAAAACUUUGCCGCAUAUGCUGCUGGAGCCGUCUUCAUCAAUGCAAUUCUACAAGUCACCAUGUUCAUAUCUGUUCUCGCUCUCAACCAAAAGAGAGUAGAGAGUCUCCGAGCGGACUGCUUCCCUUGCUUGACAGUCCGCCGAGCAACAUCGUCCGGUCUCCAGGAUGGUGCUGCGUUUGAUGAUAUGGCUGGGGAAAGCCUGCUGCAGGAGUUUAUUCGUCGCAUUUAUGCCCCAACUUUACUCGAUCGGCGAGUCAAGGCUGCUGUGAUCGUCUUUUUUCUGGGACUUUUUGCCGCCGGCUUGGCUUUGAUACCCGAAGUGCAACUUGGCCUAGACCAGCGUAUUGCCCUUCCUAGCGAAUCCUAUCUUAUUCAGUACUUUGAUGACCUCGACGCAUAUUUCCAAACUGGGCCCCCGGUAUAUUUCGUGACCCGCGACGUGAACAUCACAGCGCGGUCGCAUCAGCGACAGCUCUGUGGCCGCUUUUCAACGUGCGAAGAAUAUUCACUUCCCUUUGUGCUGGAGCAAGAAACGAAACGGCCUGAGGUAUCGUAUAUCUCUGGGUCGACUGCUAGCUGGAUCGAUGAUUUCUUCUACUGGCUGAACCCACAGCAAGACUGCUGUAAGGAAGAUGGAGAAACAUGUUUUGAGGAUCGAAUCCCGCCAUGGAACAUCACAUUAUAUGGAAUGCCUGAGGGCCAGGAGUUCCUUCAUUACGUGGAAAAGUGGAUUGAUUCACCAACUGAUGAAUCCUGCCCUCUUGGAGGCAAAGCCCCCUACAGCAAUGCUCUGGUGAUUGAUCCCAAGGACAUUACGAUCAGCGCCAGUCAUUUCCGUACGAGCCAUACUCCGCUGAAGAGCCAGCCCGAUUUCAUCAACGCGUAUGCUGCUGCCCGUCGGAUUUCGAAGGACCUGUCGGACGAACACGAUAUCGAUAUCUUUCCAUAUUCCAAAUUUUACAUCUUCUUUGAUCAAUAUGCAAGCAUCAUUCAACUGACUGGCACUCUUCUUGGAGCUGCUGUUGCUCUCAUCUUCGUGCUUAGCUCUAUUCUGUUGGGCUCCGUCGCGACCGGGGCAGUCGUUGUCACGACAGUUGUCAUGAUUGUGGUCGAUAUAAUCGGGACGAUGGCUGUAGCUGGAGUGUCCCUCAACGCCGUGUCACUCGUCAAUUUGGUGAUUUGCGUCGGCAUCGCAGUCGAAUUCUGCGCCCACAUUGCGCGCGCUUUCAUGUUUCCAUCUCGGACCAUUCUGGAGCGCAGCCCUAAACUGCGUGGAAAAGACGCGCGCGCAUGGACGGCGCUCGUGAACGUUGGAGGCAGUGUCUUCAGCGGCAUUACAAUCACCAAGUUGCUUGGUGUUUGUGUGCUGGCUUUUACACGCAGCAAGAUUUUCGAGAUAUACUAUUUCCGAGUCUGGUUGGCUCUGGUCAUUUUCGCAUCUACCCACGCUCUGAUCUUUUUGCCAGUUGCCUUGAGCUAUUUUGGCGGGGAAGGAUACGCGGACCCAGAGUCCGAUGGCGGACUGGAAGAGAAUCUCGCUGCGCGCGGAUAUCGAUCACUCCUUAUGAACGACGAUGACUAUGACUACGACUCUGAAGAAGAGGACUGA